UACAACGAAAUGAAGUUAUUUGGACCCGAAUAACAAUACUUGUAAAAUAUCUUAAACAUCUGGUUAAAAUAGUAUCAUCCAUAGUACAUGUACCAACGAAUUUGAUGUAUUUUUUUCUUUUAAUCAUCAACAAUGAAUAACAAUAGAAAACUACAGGGCCCACAAUCCCAUUUUUUGUGACAAUAAGUCUUGGAAGGAGGGGUGCAGAAACCGCACAGGUGUCCUUGUAAUUUUAAGAUGAUGGAUAUAGCAUGAAAGUUUAAAGGAUGAAGAAAUGGAAGAGUGGUACUUGGAUGGGCAAAAUGAGGUGUCGCUUAAAAGUCGUGUAUUGAGUUGAAAAAUCAAAGUUUUUCAGUUGUUUUCACUCAUAAUUAUGGCAUGGUUGCGAGCUCGUGUUCGGCUCCGGAGGACGGGAUAAUGUUUCAGAAAAGAAACCGCCAUCUGGAGGGACUGAGUGAGGAGCUGCGCCGGUGUACCAGGGACACCCAGGACCUGCAGAGGGAGGUGGAGCGUGUCACCCAGCUCACCUUGGAGGGGAUUGGACAGACCACAGCGUUGGGUCCACUCCAGGCACAGCCCUUAAAGGCUGGUACAGAGAGGCCUGCCGUGCCAGAGGGCCACUUCGCCCAGGAGGGUAGGGAAGGCUGCUUAGAGCAGGCCUCGCCACAGGACUGUGUGUGUCAGAGACACCACAGCGAGAAGCACAGGCUCCACGAGCAGCAGGAGCUUCUGCUGCAGCAGGCUGUGGACAGGCUGCAGACCCAGCUUCAGGAGGCUCAGGCGGAGAGGGAGGUCCUUGCACACUGGAGUGCCUUGGAGUCCCGCAGGCGGACGGACGCACAGGAGGACCUCUGCCGGAAGCAGGGGGCGCUGGAGCGGGCGCUUCGGGAGGUGGGCGCCGCGCUGUCGGCAUGCACAGACUACUGCGACGGAGUGCCGUUCGCGGCGCUGGGACCGGAUGACGGGAGACAGCUGGGUGUCGCCGUGGAGAUGGUGCAACGGGACCUGCAGGCCGAGAAUGCCGGCCUGCAGGCUAGACUCCAGCCCCUGGAGGAGCAGCUGGAAGUGUUGAGAUCUGAAUGUCAGGAACAAGCAGACCGUCUGGUGAAUGAGCAGGUGGAGAGGAAACAGGCUGAAGCUCAGAUCUCUGUGUACCAGAAGCAGAUUAAUGAUGCUGAGAACACCCUUUCUGCUGUACAGGCCCAGAAGGCAUCCUUGGAGCAGAAGGGGGUGCCACAGCAACGGUUAUUUGAAGCUCAAGCCCAGAUGAAAGAGGCCCAGGUGAUCAGGGAACGCAGUGCCCAGCAGGUCCAGGAACAGUGCUCUCAGCUGUCCCAGCUCAUGGCCGAUCUACAUCAGACCCAGGAGGAGCUGACCCUGUGGAAAGAGCAGAACCAGCAGCUUUGUGAGCGAGAUAUGCCACGGACCUCUGCCUUGGAUGCGCUGCGAGAGGAGCUGGACCGGCGCCACCUGGAGGCCAAGCUGCUGGAGGUGCAGUUGGCCGCCCUUAAGCAGGGCCGUCGGCAGGAGCUGGAGGCUGAGCCCCGUGUUUUGGAGCUAAAGGCAGAGAGCGCUGCCCUGCGGUUAAAGCUGGAAGACAGGGAGGGCACAGUAAAGCGACUGCGGCUGCAGCUGGAUGGUCUCGCUCGGUUAGCCGCGGGGCAGAAUUGCAGCCUGGAUGCCUUGCAGACAGACGGGAGCCACAUGAGUGAUCAGCUGAAUCAACACAAGCUGGAGGUGCAGCAGCUGAAGGUCAAGCAGGUCCGCUUGGAACAGCAGGAAUCCAGAGCCACAGCCUUGGAGAGGGAGCUGUGUGAAGUGCAGGCCACCCUGAGAGAGAAGGGCUGCAGCCUGGAGAAAAUCUUGCUGGAGAGGCAGCAUCUGGCCAACGAGCUGAAAGCGCAGAGCUUGCAAUUGGACGCCUUGACGGAGGAGCAGGUGGCUCUUAAGCAGAGUCACGGAGCCCACCGAGCAGAACUGGAGAACGCCAAUAUCCAUCUGAGGGCCCAGCUACGGGCAGCACGCAGCGAGCUGUACCACACCAAGAGGACUUUGAAGGCCAUGGAUGGAGCGGACAGACAUGGCCUGAAGGCGUCUGUCGUCUUGCAGCGGCAGAUCACCGCCAAGCGCCAGCAAAUCGACGCCCUCCAGAGCCGUGUGCAGCUGCUGGAGGAGACGGUGGAGAGGCUGACCCAGCAGAGGCAGGCCUGGGUGGCAGACGAGCACGAACGCAGCCAGCGCCUCGCCAGCGUGAGCGGGCAGCGGAGGUGUGUGGAGACCCUCCGGGAUCUAGAGACGCAGCUCAGGGACAGAGUGGAAGGGCUGGAAACUGCACUGGGCAAGAUAUCUGUGAGGUUCGGUGAGUGCCAAGGUCAUGUGCAGCAGCAGGAGCAGGAGCUGGCCCGACUGAAGCUCCAGCAUGCCCUGGACCUCAGGGAGCUCCAGGGACAGAACCUGCAACAGACUGGGCGCCUGCAACAGACAAAUCCAAAGAUUUUCUCACAUCCCUCAGAGUUGCCAACCAUCCAGAAAAACCCUUCACAAUCAGAGGCUAACUGUAGUGUCCUAGCGGAGGACCCCACCUUCGAACUUCACUCAUUGGUGCAGGAGCUGCGCAGUUUGACAGGGGACGACAAGUCCCGCCCCCGCAGGCGGUCUACUCCAGAAAGGCCACGCCCCUCAGGCCUGGAGGUUUGCACCCUGCGUGCUGCUGAUUUUGAUGUGAGGAACAAUGGCCUUUCCUGCGAGGGAAGUGGUCUGCCAGAAACGCCCUCAAGGCUCACCCCCUUACCGCAGGAGACUGAGCUCGGGUUGGACCCGGGCCGUCGAUCCCCUGUCUAUGCACUACUGACCUCCAGCCCCCAGAUCUCACUCUCGGUCACCAAUGUUGGCACCGGCAUGCCUCCACCCUAACGGCCAAGUCAUGUCUCUAAAUGAAUUUAAUCCAUUGCACAUCGUGCCUAAUGAACAACUUAAAUGCUUGAGCUUGGUAGUUGACCAGCAACUAGAACUGACACUGGAGGGAAAUCCUGCAGAGAAACCUGGGCAGUGUCCAGAAUCUGCGGACCAAAAACCAGUGUGCGGUCCUCCGCUGGCUCUCCGGCGAUGAACGAGUGUCCUGUGCCGACUGGGAGUAGCCAUGUCAUACAUACUACUCCAUGUUUAUGUGUGAGUCUCCAACUCAGGACUGGCCUCUAUGCCACCAUCAAUUUGCACCAGAAACCUCAGAAUAUUUAUAAAACAAUGUUUGUCUUCUGUUGUGGUAGUUUCAACUUUACUGUAAAAGUUUACAUUUAUUUCUUUAGUAGACCCAUGUGUCAAGAGCAAUAUACAAGUUAGGCAAGAAUUUGUGAGUCAUGAGUUUCUGUUUAGUUUCAUCCUCAAUUCUGCAGUAUGAAGGGCACUGAGAUGGCAUCCAUCCAUCCAUCCAUCCAUGACUGCUUAUUCAGUACAGGGUCCCAGUGACAGAUAAGGUUGGUUUUGUGUUAUCUUGUACCCAAGGAAAUGUGCUGCCUUUCUUCUUCUGUGAUUUACUGAACCUGAUAUGGAAACGCAUUCGCAAGAUGUUUUAAUGCCAGGCAAAGAAGAUACGAGAAUUGAUGUACAAGGACAGACUCUUGACAUGCUGUUUCAGUUUGGCAUUUAUAAUGUUUUCUUAAAACUAUGAAUCAUAAUCAUAAGGCAAAGGAUAUUUGAUUAUGAAAAUUUCAAGACUGAAUGCUUUUUUUAGCAAAAUAAAUGCUCACAUUUUUAGG